UUAAAUACUCCAGUAAUUUUGGUCAUACAAAUAAGACUAAUACAUGAUUUGAAACUGUGAUUGGUCUACUUUUAUUUGUGUGUACUCAUUAUCUACAAAAUGUUUUGCUUUUAUAAAAGAAUGAUAAUAUACAGGCUGUGCUGUCAGCCGUCUCUCUCCGCUUGCAUCUUUCUGAAAUGCAUCAUUAAAACAGACUGAAACUCUGAGAAUACUCAUCAAAGAAACGUAAAGCAUACGUCUAAAGAAAGCUUUAAGUGUCCACUUUUAAAUCAUCGCAUUAAUAUUGAUAUUGUCUGAACAUGUACUGUGUAUGAAAGACAGGUACAGUUUCUCUUAUCAACUGUGAUCAUAUCCUUGCGCAGAGCGCUCCAUUUCAGAAAAAACACUAACCCUCUCUCUUUCUCUCAACAGGUAUUGUUCUGGUAACUUUGUAUUAGCACCCAUUGCAUAUUGCUCCUGUUUGACAUAUCGCUUAUUGCUCCCUGAACUCUCUCAGUAGGCGUGGAGUAUGUGGGCCAGUUGCUGCGGCUGGCUCUGCCUGGAUGAUUCCACUGUGGUGGAAACCAGAAGUAGCACACGUCAAGAGGCCUUCACCAACUCGGGCUUCAGCAGUUCCCCGUCUCCUCCCGCACCUGAAUCCACAUGCAAGGCAUGUGGAGGUCAAUUUGACAUCCUCACCAUGAAGCACACAUGCAUGGACUGCAAGAAAAGUUACUGCAGCCGUUGCUCCGCUCAGCAGGACCCCCAGCCAUGGCUCUGCCACACCUGCCAGCGUUGUCAUGGCAUCCUGUUCCAGCGAGCCGAGCUGAUGAAGCUUAAAGUGAAAGACCUGAGAGACUACCUGCACCUGCAUGAAAUCGCCACGCAGAUGUGCCGGGAGAAAGAAGAACUGGUUGAGCUGGUUCUCGGCCAGCACACGCCCACAUCCGAGAUGCACAUUCCACUCCCUACAAACAUACACUUGGAUCAACAGCAGACCCCUGGUGUUCCAGUCAUAACAGCUAGCCCAUCGGGGAACAAUGGUGUCACAGAAUUGGGACCCCAAGAUCAAGCACCUGAAGAUGAACAGAGCUUGUCAGUGGCAGAGGUGACAACUGAAAGUGACAUGGACACAGAUCUGCAUGUGGAGCAGGAGUUGCAGUCGUCAGACUCGGAGGAGGUGUUUGCCCCCGGGCGACGGGCAUCACUGUCAGACCUCAGGGCAGCGGAGGAUAUCGAAGAUCUAAGUGUCCGGCAGUUGAAGGAGAUUCUGGCAAGAAACUUUGUGGACUACAAAGGAUGCUGCGAGAAGUGGGAGCUGAUGGAGAGAGUCAAGCGUCUCUUCCAAGACCAGAAAGACCUGCAAACCAUAAUAUCAAAUGCCAUGGAAGGCACAGACACAGGGACUGGGAUGCCUGGUGAGGAGAACAUUUGUAAGAUCUGUAUGGACUCACCCAUUGACUGUGUUCUUUUGGAGUGCGGACACAUGGUCACAUGCACCAAGUGCGGCAAGCGCAUGAAUGAAUGCCCCAUAUGUCGCCAGUACGUGGUGCGGGCAGUGCACGUGUUCAGGUCUUGAACCCCAUUGUCCAUCUACAAAACACCGAGACCACCAGCGUUCCCCAUAUAUAUCUAAGCUGUUCUUUUGAACAAUGGAAUUAAAAUUUACAGUAGAAACUGAAACCGGUCUCUUAUCCUUGCACAAUUAUCUUGUGGCACUUUAAACAAAUUGUGAAAGAUGCUCCAUCUUCAAGCAAUAACCAGUAUUGACUGGUUUGGUUUUAUUCUUCAGUCCAGAGUGUGCCUUCUAAAUAUGUUGAAUGUAAACUUUGAGCUGACCAGAGGAGGAUUGUAUUAACCCACACAUGCUGUGUGUACUGUUGUAAACAAUUGAUCUUCGGAAGGUACACAGGUGUGCUUAUUAUGUCACUGCCUUUGUUUUUCUUGCAAACUUGAUCUUUAUCACGUUACCUUUUUUUUAUGGGAUCUCAAACAAGUCCUCCAUUACCACACUAACUAAAACAAAGAAAAUGUACCAGGAAUCAUACUAGUCAUGCAAGUCUAGUCGGUUAAAUCAGUCGAUUCAUCUCAUAAGAGCAACUAAAAAGUCUUGACUGCUCACAACUUACAGGUUUCAUUUAGAAAUAAAUCCUCUCAUGGCUUUUCUCUCAUCUUUAUUGUCUGCUGUCGGUUAUCUCUUACUGUUUUGCUGUCACACAUGUUGUGUUGGUGGAGAGAAGCCUCUCAGGUGAGGUAUGACCAUCAGUCACAUGCUGUUGGCUUGAGUGGCUUUGAUUCACAAAUACUGCAUGUUACACUGCAGUAAUUGAAUUCGCAUUCAAGGUUCACAUACUGUUGCCAAUAAGCAGUUUGAAGGUGUUGUUUCAGUACGGCCUGUGGUAGAUCUGCAGGAAUCACAUUAACACCACUUAAGACAGGAAAUAUCAGGUGAACAUGCCUUAACGCUCCUGCUAAGGGUUUCCGUGGUGCCUCGGAGAUCGUAGGACAAGUAAAAACCUGCUAAUACACCGGAGUGCCUCCCUUCCCUUCAGGCUUUGCAAUUUUGUUACAAUUGACUAGCUCCAAACAAUGCGUAGAGAGUGGUGGAGAUGUGUAUCUCAAAAGCAUGACCAUGGGAUUGUGUUUGUAACAGAAGUGGAGAUUAAAAAGGAAAAUUAAUCUUCAGGCUUUAAUCUUAAAGAAAUAGUUCACACAUAAAGAAAUGCAUGGGAAUGUUAUGUGGAUGCCACCACAAGUGAGAUUUAAUAGGAUUGUCAGUUAACAACUUAAUUUUUGUUCGAAUAGCUGGAAGAUAGGGCAUGAGACGUCUUGGAUAUUUGUUAUUCUUUGUUGAGCUAAAGUGUAUAAAACGAAACACACUUAUAAAAAAAGGGGAACUCAGACAUUCUGUUCCUUGGAUGAGCAAAAUAAUGUUAGGUCAGGAUGGACUAACAUGAAGCUCAAUGAUGAAAAUGUAAGUGAGAAGUUUAUGUGGUGAGUUAUGAGUGCAGUUUUCUCUUAGUUUUUUUGUCAAGGUCAAGUGUCUUUCUUAAUAUAAGCUUUGCCAACCAAUGACAUAGUUUUUCCAAAGGCAAAGGCGAUCUGUUCAAAAUAUCAGCAUUCACAUUUCCAAUGCAGGAUGGGCGCGAGGAAGUUUCUUAUUAAAUUGAAAACUUGAUUUUUAACUGUGAAAUUGUAGAUAACGCAUUCUGUCAAAAAGGGUUUCGGUUUGAUUUGUUUUCAUCUUCUUUUGGACAUUGAUGUAUAAGGGCAUUCUUCCAUUUCCAAUAGGCUACCUGUGUUGUGUGAAUGUUAAUGGUGUGAAGCAAACGCUUUCAUUUCUUAACCAAAUCUGAACUUUAUUUUAAAUCACACACCAAACUAGAUUUGUGUGUUUCGUCGUUCAAAAGGUUUUGUAUUAAAAUAUGUUUCCAAUG